UUACAUGGCGGAGCAUCCGCGGCAGUUGGGUCCAAAAGUGUGCUCUCACUCGGCUGCUUUAAUAAGCUUUAAGCCCCAGCACGCCGAUUCUACGGGUUCUAUUUUUUAAUCGCGAAACGCGAGUGUCCGUUUUAGGAGGUUUUUUUUAAAGCGGCGAACUUGGCUGACGAGCCUCCAUCAGGAAGCACCGUGGAAACGGACCGUUGAAAGACGUUGCACAUCAAAGUUUUGUUUAGCUAGCAGGCCUUGUUUGUUCGCUUUAGCGGCGUUUGUUUGCGAACAGGGAGGAAAAAGGGGGAGCCGACGCCGAAGACGGGCGAUCCGUCAUUAAAACCAUUCAAAUCCUAAUGUAAUGUAGUUUGAGCCGGGGCAGCUAACUUCCAGCUCCGAUCCGUGCCGCAACUUGUUGCACAACUUCUGAAACGUUAGCCAGAGAAGCGUCGCGACGCCAGGUCCUCGGUUCUUGUACGUGCGUUGAUCUGGAGGAUCCGCGCACUUUUCGUGUCGAGUUCGGAGCUUGUUUUUAGGAGUUGGAUACGUUUCUGAGAACUCCGUUCGAGAGUCAGGUAGUCUGUCCCCGGAUGCACCGCGCCUGCUGCCGCUCCCUGCCCCGGUUCGCCUCAGCGACGCGAGCUGGGUCAGAACCUGUGAAGCUGGCAGGAUGUUAUCUCGGUUAAGUGAGCUGAUAUGGGCCGACUGGAUCUGGUUCCCAGACGGACACGGCUGGGACGACCUAAAGGAUCACGACGGCAAAACCUUCCCUAAAACACGGGACCUCUGGGCGGUACUCCCCGUCGCUCUCUGCUUCCUCGUCAUAAGGCGGAUAUUUGAGCAGACAAUAGCUCUUCCUUUGGCCGCUCUGCUGGGAGUGAGAGACAAGCAUCGUGUUUGUGCUUCUCCGAAUCCCCUCCUGGAGUCCCACUUCUGCAGCGCAUCGAUACAUCCCACACAGAGCUCCAUAGAGAGUUUAAGCAAACAGACGGGCUGUUCAGUGCGACAGGUCCAGAGGUGGUUCAGGCGGCGGAGGAAUCAAGAGCGACCCAGCAAGCUGAAAAAGUUUCAGGAAGCGAGUUGGAGGUUUACGUUUUACCUUCUUGCUUUCUUUGCUGGCCUGGCAGUCCUCAUUGAUAAACCAUGGUUCCAUGACGUAACGAUGGUGUGGGAAAACUUCCCCAAAAUGCCGCUCUUGCCUUGCCAGUACUGGUACUACAUGAUUGAACUCGGCUUCUACGUCUCCCUUAUAUUCAGCGUAGCAUCAGAUGUCAAACGGAAGGAUUUCAAAGAACAAAUAGUUCACCAUGUAGCCACCAUCCUCCUCAUCAGCUUCUCCUGGCUGGUCAACUACAUCCGAGCUGGGACUUUGAUCAUGUUGGUGCACGACGCCUCGGACUAUCUUAUGGAGUCGGCCAAAAUGUUUAACUAUGCAGGCUGGAAGAAAACCUGCAACUUCAUCUUCACCGCGUUCGCUGCAGUUUUCAUCAUUACCCGCCUCAUCAUCUUCCCCUUCUGGAUCAUAUAUGCGACAGGCGUGUACCCGUUGACCAUCUACUCCACCUUCUUCGGCUUCUACUUCUUCAACGGGCUGCUGGUGGUGCUGCUGGUCCUGCACAUCUUCUGGACGGUGCUCAUAGUUCGAAUGGUCAUCAAAUUCCUGCCAGGAAACGACAUCGUGGAGGACGAGCGGAGCGAUAAAGAGGAGACGGACUCGGACGACGAAGACGACGGCGAGCUAAGAAAGAAGCCAAAGAACGGCCACAUGCAGAACGGUCACUCCAUCCUCAACAACAACCACAGGAAGAUGGACUGAUGGAGAGGCGCCGGGUGUUACGGGUGACAACGGGGCCCUCUUGUGGAGGCCGGAGAACAUGCAGCAGGCGUCGCACUUAGAUUUACGCUCUCAUUUAUACUCUGCAUUUUUAGAAAGGCAGUGAGCUCAGAGUGGAUCGUUUGGCCUCUCUCUGGAUUACACACUAAAUUAAGAAGGAAAGGUGAGCCAUGAUUGGCCUCUAAGCAGCAGAACAGCUUUCCUUUCAUACAGUUUUGCUCUUUGCCAACCUGCCUCCUUGCAGCUUUGUUAUCUUACAAACUUGGCGAUUGCAAUAAUUCCUCUCGUCCUCACCGUUGGUUAACACUUUUCAAAGCGUUCAUGCAAAACUUUGCCUAUUUUUGCUCUUAAUAAACACAUUGAUGGCAGAGAUGUCCUGAUGAGCAGUACUGUAACUGUGGCGGUGAUUAGUUGUUGUUUUUUUUUCUCCUAUGGACCAUAAAUCACCUCAAGUCCAAACUUUUAUUCCUUCAAAAUGUUUUUCUGCUGCAGUUUUUGGCCACCCUGGUUCUUUUCGAUGAAAUGCUGCACCUCCAACGAGGUUUAAAACUAAACAUUUGCUGAUUAAUAAUAUUUUAAUAGUGUGAGUGAAGGUGCUGAGCCUGCCCUGCGAACUGAAACGUGCCUUUGCAGAAAUAUGUCUUUAAAUAUUUGCUUUUCUGAGAGGCAGAAUGCACAGAGAUUGUUUUAAAUGUUGGUUUUGUUUGAAAUCUUUAAGUCUUAUCAUUUUUCUGAUGGUUUAUUUGUUUUAGUCCCGUCAAAUGUUUAAAUUUGGGAGCAAUGUGUUUGAGCAAGCCGAUCAGUAACUUGAUUGUUUUCUGGCCGAAGUAAUCUAAAACAUAUCCAUUAAGUGUUGGAUUUUGUUUUUGUUUUUGUUUUUUUUUAUGUCAGGAUCAUCUUGAGAUGCACUUUAUGGUUCUUUAGAAGAUCAGUAUUGACUGAAAAGCUAGUAAAUCAUUUUAGUUGCAGUGUUUAAUUCAAACAGAUUUCAAGUUUUUCAUUUCGGGAGGUCAUAAGAAUAGUUUAAGUUUAGUUUGAUAUUUAUUCUCAUGAAUAUUCAUUUAUUUUGAAAGUACUAUGGAACAAAGAAAGCCGUUGGUGGGUAAAGAGCUAUUAAAAAAAAAAAAUGUAAUGCCAAAUUGUUUACAUUUUCCAAGACAUUAUUUGCGAGUGCCUUCAUCAUUUCAAACUGUUAAAUUGUAAGAAAAGCAAAAUCUUUUUCUUGUAUGCCUUCUUGACCAAUCUCACGCAGCUCUCUGUUAAGAACUUUGCUUCUGCUGAAGUGUUUUUAUCCUUCCUGAGUUGUACAUUUAUAACAUGGAUGAUAAAGAUUCGUGUGGAUAACAUCA